CCCUCAUUCCAUGCCACAGCCACAACAGCAUCAAAAAGUUUUAAUUUCUUUCUCAUUCAACAUACCAUAUAUACUAAUAUUAUCCAUAAUCUAUGGCCACCUUUUAUCCUCUCAUUAGAAAUGGUGGUGGUUCAUUAUUUCUAAUACUGCUAUCAUGUGUUUUCCUAGUAUCUUCUUUAUUAUGUGUUUUGGGACGACCAGCCACUUUUGAGCAAGACUUUAGAGCCACGUGGUCUGAGUCUCAUAUCAGGCAUAUUGAUCAAGGCAGAACAAUCCAACUCAUGCUCGACCAAAGCUCCGGAUGUGGGUUUGCUUCCAAGGUGAAGUACAUGUUUGGGCGUGUUAGCAUGAAGAUCAAACUCGUCCCUGGAGACUCUGCUGGCACCGUCACCGCAUUUUACAUGAAUUCUGAUACAGAUUCUGUUCGUGAUGAGCUGGACUUCGAGUUCUUGGGGAACAGGAGUGGACAGCCAUACACGGUUCAAACAAACGUAUAUGCUCAUGGAAAGGGUAAUAGAGAGCAAAGGGUCAACCUCUGGUUUGAUCCUUCUGCUGAUUUCCAUACCUACACUAUUCUCUGGAACCAUAAACAUAUUGUAUUUUCCGUGGACGAUUUCCCCAUCAGAGUAUACAAGAACAACGAAGCGAAAGGGGUGCCAUACCCAAAGAUGCAAGCCAUGGGAGUGUACUCAACACUAUGGGAAGCAGAUAACUGGGCAACAAGAGGUGGGUUAGAGAAAAUCGAUUGGAGCAAAGCACCCUUCAAUGCUUACUAUAAAGACUUCGACAUUGAAGGGUGUUCAGUUCCGGGUCCGGCAAGCUGCUCCUCCAACCCGAGUAACUGGUGGGAAGGGGCAGCCUACCAAGAACUUAGUGCUAUUCAAGCAAGGAGGUACAGAUGGGUUCGAAUUAACCACGUUGUCUAUGACUAUUGUCAAGAUAAGUCAAGGUUCCCAGUCACCCCACCUGAGUGUCUUGCUGGCAUUUGAUUAACAUCAUAUUCCAUUUAUACAAUAUUCAGUACAUAACACAUUAAAAAA